AUGUGGAGACAGAAACAUAGGAGUCUUACGCAUGCUUCUGCUCCUCUGAUUCUAGUACUAGUGGUGCUAACGUUGUUACAAUGUCAGGCUAUAAUGGUGGUAGCCAGAGUGAAGAACUAUACAAGAUCAGACUUCCCAGCUGACUUUGUUUUUGGCGCUGGCGCUUCUGCAUAUCAAGUAGAGGGGGCAGCUCUUGAAGAUGGAAGGACUCCUAGCAUUUGGGAUACCUUUGUCCAUGCCAAUAAAGGGUUUUUUAAUGGAGACACAGGAGACGUAGCAUGUGAUCAGUAUCACAAAUACAAGGAAGAUGUCCAACACAUGGUUGACAUAGGUUUGGAGGCUUACAGAUUCUCUAUUUCCUGGUCAAGACUUAUUCCUAAUGGAAGAGGCCAUGUCAACCCCAAAGGCUUAGAAUAUUACAACAAUCUCAUCAAUGAACUUCUCAUGCAUGGAAUUCAACCACAUGUCACGCUCUUUCACUUUGAUGCCCCUCAAGUUCUUGAAGAUGAAUAUGGGGGAUGGCUCAGUCAAAAAAUGGUGAAAGACUUUACUGCCUAUGCUGAUGUAUGCUUUAAGGAAUUUGGAGACAGGGUUUUGCAUUGGACUACCUUAAAUGAGGCCAAUAUGAUUGCCAUUGCUGGUUAUGAUACCGGAAUUAUUCCCCCAGGGCGCUGCUCUCUGCCUUUUGGACUGAUGUGUACCGAGGGUAAUUCGUCAAUUGAGCCAUACAUUGCUGGUCAUAACUUGUUGCUGGCACAUUCAUCUGUCGUGAAACUAUAUUACAGAAAGUAUAAAGAUGUAUUUGCAACUCAAAGAGCAUUUGAUUUUUAUAUUGGUUGGUUCCUCCAUUCAUUGGUGUUUGGAGACUAUCCUGACAUUGUAAAGAAGAAUGCUGGCAAGAGGAUUCCAGCAUUUACUCCCCGCGAAUCUAAGCUAAUUAAGGGCUCAUUUGACUUUAUAGCGCUGAAUUAUUAUUUCACAUUCUAUGUCAGGGACAAUCCUGGCAGCCUUACUAUGAAUAUCAGGGACAUGACUGCUGAUAUGGCGCUAAGCAUCUUCUUUGAGCCAGAAGACGCACCAUCGAAUCAAAAUGUACUUGAAUCAUCCGAUCUUUUUCCACUUCUGGAGUAUAUCAAGAAAGUUUAUGCCAAUCCACCUAUUUAUGUCCAAGAAAAUGGUAAAUCAACCAAGCGCAAUGGAACACUAAUCGACACACCAAGGGUGAAGUAUAUGCGUUCAUGUAUUGGGACCUUGCUUGAUGCUAUAAAAAACGGAUCGAACACAAAAGGCUACUUUGUAUGGUCUUUCAUAGAUGGCUUAGAGUUUCUGGGAGGCUAUCAGACAGCUUAUGGCCUGUACUACGUCGAUUUGGAUGACAAGCAAUUGAGAAGAUACCCAAAGCUCUCUGCACAUUGGUACUCCAAUUUCCUGAAGGGAAGAGGCAUCAGGCCAGAUGAGAUUAUUGUAGUUGAAAACAAUACCUUUAAUCCUUCAACUUCAAAAGCAUCUGAUCACUAA